GCGAGUGCUGCCGACGGUGGAGCCAGGCUACAUGAAACCCUUGUUGCCCUGCGAGGCUCCUCAGUCGCCGGAAAGCUGGAAGGACAUCAUGGCGGACAUCGAGAGAGUGAUAAUGCCAGGCGUAUGUACAAAAAAAGAAAAAAAAACUGUAGUUUCACUUUUGCUGUGUUUUCACUUUCAUCGAAACGCAGAGAAAAUGGUUUCCUCGCAGGUCACUCACUGGCACAGCCCGAAGUUCCACGCUUACUUCCCCACCGCGCAAUCGUAUCCAGGAAUCGUCGCCGACAUGCUGAGCGGUGCCAUCGCGUGCAUCGGAUUCACCUGGAUCUCGAGCCCCGCUUGCACCGAGCUGGAGGUGAUCAUGCUCGACUGGCUAGGAAAGAUGUUAGACCUGCCCAAGGAAUUUCUAGCAAGCAGCGGUGGAAAAGGUGGUGGUGUGAUUCAGGGGACUGCGAGCGAAGCCACUUUGGUGGCGCUGCUCGGCGCCAAGGCUAGGAAAAUAAGGCAGGUCAAGGAGCAGCAUCCUGACUGGACGGACAACGAAAUUGUGGGGAAACUAGUCGCUUAUAGCUCUUGCCAGGCUCACAGCUCCGUGGAACGAGCUGGUCUUCUCGGUGGUGUAAAAUUCCGAUUGCUGGAGGUCGAUUCGAAGAGCAAACUUCGCGGCGAGACACUAGCGGAAGCGGUUGUCGCAACUUUGGGUACAACAAACUCCUGCGCGUUUGAUCGUGUCGACGAACUUGGUGUGGUUGCAAAUCGCGAGAACAUUUGGUUACACAUUGAUGCUGCUUACGCUGGUAAUAAAUUGAGCAACAUCGAUAGA